CCUCUCUCUCCAAUCCAUUCCUGCCACCUCCUCGAUAUGGCUCACUUGCGCCUCCCCCUCCUCCUCGCCUUCUUCUCCAUCCUCGCCGCCUCCGUCCUCGCCCAGCCGCCGCUCAACCCGGCGGAGCAAGACGCGCUCUACCUCAUCCUCGACUCCGUCAGCCCCGGCACCCCCUGGCGCCGCCUCUUCCCCGACGACCUCUGCUCCUCCGCCCCCCACGGCGUCGCCUGCGACUUCUUCGACUUCUCCUCCGCCACCUCGCACGUUACCGAGCUCAGCUUCGGCUACGUCUCCGACUACACCCCCAACCCCCCCUGCAACCCUAACUCCACCCUCCGCCCCUCCCUCCUCGCGCCGCUCCCCUACCUCCGCAAGCUCAUGUUCUACAAAUGCUUCUCGCACACGGAAACGGAAAUUGAAACUCAAUUCCCCGAUUUCUCCGCCCUCGGCCGCAAUUCCGCGUUAGAGGAGCUGAUCUUCAUCGAGAAUCCCGCCCUAAUCGGCUCCCUCGGCGGAAAAAUCGGAAACCUAAGACGACUGCGGCGGCUCGUUCUCACCGGAAGCGGCGUCUCCGGCGGAAUCUCCGACUGGAUCGGAGAAUUCACCUAUCUCGAGCAGCUCACGCUCUCGAGGAACGGUUUCUCCGGCGAGAUCCCAAUGAAUGCUUUUCGGAACAUGAAGAAGCUGAAGAUUCUAGAUCUGAGCGAGAAUGCCUUCCAUGGAGCGAUGCCGGAAUCAGUCGGAUCCGCGGCUGCGUUGGUGAAGCUCGAUUUGAGCCACAACGGAUUCUCUGGAAAAAUUCCAAAGAAUCUCACGUGCUUGAAGAAGGUGGAGUUUCUCGAUCUGAGCUACAACAGAUUUGGUAGCUUUGGGUUUCCUUUGGCUUUGGCAGAGAUGCCGAGUUUGAAGGAAGUGUAUCUGAGCGGCAAUUUUCUGGGAGGGGAGAUUCCUGACAUUUGGGAAAAUAUGAGGGGCAUAAUUGGAAUUGGGCUCUCCAGCAUGGGGUUUGUUGGUAAAAUCCCCAAAUCAAUGGGAGUACAACUCAAGAAUGCAUGCUACAUAGGGCUUGACAACAACAUGCUUCAAGGGGUUGUACCUGUGGAGCUUGGUGAAUUGCAGUUUGUGAGUGAGUUGAAUUUGGAAAACAAUAAUCUCAGUGGGAAGCUGCCAUUUUCUGCAGAUUUCAUGUCAAAAUUAGGGGGGAAGUUGAAGCUGGAGGGCAAUUUCGACCUUUGCAUUGAUGAGGCUUUGAAAUCGCUUCAUCUUGGCCAUCUCAACAUUUGCAGGAAACCUUAUGUUUCCAAAAAUGCCCUUUUCCAUGAGAGUGCAUGUCCUAUUUCCACUUUGCCAUUUUUGGCUUUGCUUUUGGGGAUUUUAGCUCAAAUUGGGGUUUUCAUGUGAAACAUAGUAGUACUCCCACUUGCUACAUUAUUACAAGUACGUCCAAUUAGUUUGUUAGAAAACCACAAUGAGACAAAAGGCUUUAUGUAAUUAUAGCUUUCUGUGAUAUCAAGAUUACUAGAUUUUAUCUUGAAAUUAUAUGUUUAUAUUUUGCCUCAACAUAGAAA